CCCCUGCUGUUAUAACUGUUCUCUCAGGGGCCAUUUUGGAUUUGACUGCUCAGUGAGGAGGAUGUUUGGGUGUUUCCCUCCCAACUCUCCCUUCAUCAACCAAUAUGACUCUCGCCUCUCCAUCCGCAGCCGAGAUUACCGAGCUCAGCUCAGAGUUCAAGAGUUGAAGGAUGCAGGCCUGUUUCCGUGUCAGGUCUCACCAGACGGUGACGCCCGAGACGAUCCGCCGGGCAAACGCCAGAGAACCGACUCUAACCCGAGCUACAGGCCGUACCAGAACUACCCCCCUAAACCCUACCAUAGUGCUACUCCUAGCCACAUCAGGUUCAGCGGAGACCAGGAGAAACCCUGGACUCCUAAACGCAAACUAAAGGAGAGCAGGGAGGGGAAGCGCUUCACUCCAGCUUCAGCCACGCCCAAAUCCAACAUGGCUGACAGGAACCAGCCGGGAGUCAGGAAAGGCAGAAGAAGAAAAAACGGAAAACGGCCAAAAACAAAAUGGCCGCCGCCGCAGACGAGUCUCUUGACUUCCCCCGAGGACAAGGCCCCUCCACCAAGAGGAAGAAGAAGAAGGGGCCCAAGGGCCCUCCCCCCUCGGCCGGAGCCCCUCCUACCUUCCAUCCCAAGGGCCCCGCCUCCCACACCCCCGACCGUCUGUUUGGGGCGGCGACGAAGAGAGCGAGUGAGAAGAAGAAGAAGAAGAAGAGAAGAACGGGAGGGACAGGAAGGCUGCUAAGGAGGAGAAGUUGUUUCCCACGGACGAAAACCUGUUCCUCAUCAAACAGAGGAAACCUAGGAGAUAAGGGGGGUCCUCAUCAAACA